CUUUAGUUUUCAGUUUACUUUUCUACUUUUCAGUUGUAACUUGGAAGUUAAUGUCUGCGUUCAGUGAAAACGAAUGUAUUCUUUAUUGAGUUACAUUAGUUUGUGAAAAAAUUCAAAAUGUCAAGUAUUUGAGUUAUUAUAAAGCAUGUAUUGCUUAUUUAGUGGAUUGAAGAUCAAUACUGAUUGAUAUAUUAUAAUUAUUUUAAAUAUGUCUGACAAAAAAAUCAAAGUGGCCAUUAGGGUCAGACCUUUGAUUGAGAGAGAGAAAAAUGAAGGGUUGCAAUUGCGUUGGACUACUGAGGAUAAUAAAAUUUAUCAAAUUGAUCCAGCAAAUGGAAAAAGUAAGGGGGAUGCGUAUACAUUUGAUCACAUCUUUGGUUCUUCGGAGAGCAACGAUAAGGUUUUUGACACUAUCAUCAAACCGAUCAUUGAUGCCAGUAUGCAGGGAUUCAACGGAACUGUGUUUGCAUACGGACAAACCUCUUCAGGUAAAACAUAUACGAUGUCAGGGGAUCAAAAAUGCCUUGGAAUCAUCCAAAUGGCAAUCAACUACAUCUUCUAUUCAAUUGAAAAUACUCCACGCCGAGAGUUUCUCUUGAGAGUGUCAUACAUGGAAAUUUACAAUGAAAAAGUGAAUGAUCUUCUAGACAUAACAAAGAAAAAUUUGAAAAUUCAGGAGGACUGCAAUGGCCAUGUCGUUGUCAGUGAUGUUGAAGAACGUGUUUGCAAAAACUCGACAGAGGUUCUAGAAGAGAAAAUGAAGGGAGAUAAGAACCGUCGUAUAGGAGAGACUAAUAUGAACGAGCGCUCUUCCAGAUCUCAUACAAUAUUCAGAAUUAUAUUGGAGAGUCGAAGCACGGACGACGAGGACGGCGCAGUGAAGGUGUCGCACCUGAACCUGGUGGAUCUGGCCGGGUCGGAGCGGUCUGGCCAGAGUGGCGCCACGGGCGACCGCUUUAAGGAGGGCUGCCACAUCAACAUGUCCCUCACGACCCUCGGCAUCGUCAUCAAUCAGCUCAGCGAAAUACAGGAAGGCCAGAACCCAUUCAUCAACUUCCGUGACAGCAAACUGACGAGACUGCUACAGUCGUCUCUGGGAGGAAACGCAAUGACAGUCAUCGUUUGUGCGGUCACUCCGGCCGCCGAAGACCAGACUCAGAAUACCAUCAAUUUUGCGUCAAGAGCGAAGAGAAUCAACAACAAACCAAUUCUGAAUGAAGUUCUGUCCGAAUCAGUGCUCAUCAAACGCUACUUGAAGCAGAUUGCAAAACUAAACCAGGAGCUUGAAGUAUGUAUUUACUUGUUAAUUUCAAUGUGAUAAU